GAAUACUGGUGACGGAUAACAGAGGGAAACGAUGAAGAGGGUAGUGACAGAGAAUCAAGAUGGAGCAACUCAAAUCAAGUUCCAAAUAAGUGUUUUGAUUAAGGGUUCUAGCACAAGGCAGAGAUAACCGAGGACUGCAAGAAGUGACAGAAGUGUUUUAUUAAUUGCCACAUGUGAUCUGAAGUUCUGCAAGGGACAGGAAAAAACUGACAGGUACUUGUCAUUGAUCAUUUCAAAAUAACCAGUGCUGAAAUGAUUAGUAAGUUGUCAGAUUUAAUAUGUUCUUUGUUAUGCAUGAUGUAAUCGGAAAAGUUUUGGACUUAUGGUCAACAUAAACAUGAGGAUUUCACCUCAGAGCUCCUAUUUUCUAUUUUUCUAUUUCUACUAUUUUCAGACAGAUGAAAUCUAAAUUUUAAAAAAUAAUGAAGUUAUGUAUUGUUUUUCUUAUUUAAGCCUAGCUGGAGCUUUCAGUUUGCGCCUUAAUAUUUGUCAAGGCAGACAAACCUGUCAGUGCAUCUGAAAACAAUGCAAACAAAGCCAAUGUUUAUUACAGAAUUCUGUUCGUAUAGAUUGAAGAAUUUCUAGUGCAUUUUUAAGAUUAAAAUGUUUAAUUGGUGUUCUUUAUGCUAUUUGCUGCAAAUUUUAGAAAGUGUAUGGAUUAGCCUGCAUCCAGUUUGCUUUAAACUUCUGCAAAUUUUUAAUCUGUCAAAAUGCCUUUCAAUAUAACAAAAACAAGGCUAAGAAUAGUGUUAACUGAGAAGCUAUUAGUUGCAGUCUUUUAAAAACCAUGGACAAAGUUAUUCUUCAGUAUUCAAAAUAUAAAAAGCAGGCAUUCUAAAUCUUGCACAUAUUGUACAAAUCUUUUUACAGAUAAAAAUGUAUGUAAUGUAUUGUCAAUGAAAAUGCCUGCUUUGAGUAGCCACAACAGUCUCAUUCAGGACAUCUAUAAGGUUUUAUGUACUUCAUUUUUCCCAAAGUGGUCACUUUUGUUUUUGUCACCAUUAUUCAGGUACCAUUAAAGCACUAUGGGUCAGUUUCCAUGAAGACGAGGGAUCAUGCUCAAAUCAUUUGGUUUAACUAAUGUUUCUGUUUCAGGAGCUCUGGGCUGACGGGGACACAUCGCAUGAGAGAGACAGCAGAUAUGGUUAGAAUGCACUUCACACUAAAACACACCUAACACAAACAGAUUAAAUCAGAUUAUCAGGGAUUACUAGUACAAAAUUUCAUUUAGAUUUGUGUUUUAUCCAUAAUUUAAUCAAAAAAGUAAUCUCUUCUCUCUCCCAUCCAUCUUGUCUUCUACAGAGGGCCCAGCAGUGGAGUUCUCAAUGAGUGGCAGGGUCUGGCCAGAGUGUGUUGAUCAGGAAGCAGGGAGAUAUUACUUACACCCUUAACCACUCCUUAUGAACACAAAUGAAGGUGUUAUGUGACCUCAGGCCUCCCCCUGCCCCCCUCUCCUCCUGUGUGGCCAUGCUGGAGCGUAUGUCCCGCCGCUCUCGCUCCCUGCUCUCCCUGACCUUGACCACUCUGGCUCUGGCCCUCUCCAUCCUGGCUCUCUGCACCUCUUACUGGUGUGAGGGCACUCACAAGGUGGUCAAGCCCCUCUGCCUGUCGCCUGUCAAAAUGAAGAACUGUGGUCAGAACAACAGCGAGCCUUACACAACAGAGAGUCCCACUCAGAACCCCUUCAACCGCACGCUGUCUCCGGCCAGGAGGGACGAGCUGGCCAGGAUCAGACAGAGGCAGCUGGCCAACGCGGUUCACUACAUCUGGGAGACAGGAGAAGACAAGUUUGCUUUUAGAUACUUCCACACGGGUUUCUGGGAAAGCUGUGAGAAACACAACGAUGGGGAGAAAUGUCGAAGUUUUAUAGAGUUAACACCUGGAGAAACACAAGGUGUGCUCUGGCUGUCGGUUAUUUCAGAGUUUACAUACAUCGGUCUGCUGGGGAUGGGAUUCUUACUGAUGUGGCUGGAAGUCCUGUGUUCCCAUAAAGAGAUGCACUCGCUUAAAAUCAAUGCCUAUGCAGCUAUCUGUACUGUGUUAUCAGGUCUUCUUGGGAUGGUGGCCCAUAUGAUGUACACCACAGUAUUUCAGAUGACAGUCAUUGUGGGCCCUAAAGACUGGAGGCCCCAGUCCUGGGACUACGGCUGGUCAUUUGCUCUUGCCUGGGUGUCCUUCAGUUGUUGUAUGGGGGCCGCUGUGGUCACACUCAACUCCUACACAAAGACCAUCAUUGAGCUCCGCCGCAAACAGAGGCUCCGUUUGGAGGAAGCGAGAGCUGCCACUCAUGCACCUUCCUAUGAUGAGGUAGUUCCAGGAGGCGGGCUCUACUCUGUCAGUGGCCUGCUGCAGUGUCCAGACGGCAUGAUCGAUGUGGCGUGGGCCCCGAAUGGCAGCGUGGUGGGAGUGGGCAAUGGGGAUGUACCCACGUUGGUCUUAGUGGGCGGCUGUGGGCCAGAGGGGUGUGAAGACUGUGAGAGAGAGAUGGAUGAGAUGGAGGAGGCCGUGGACCGAGUUGAUUCACCCUGUUAGGGGAUCAUUUAUAUCCAUCAACUAAAAGGGCUGAAAAACUAUACAUAUAUAUAUA